AUUUAAUCCAGUGCACAAAUGAAAUGAAUGUGAACAUCCCACAACUGGCAGACAGUUUGUUUGAAAGAACUACCAACAGUAGCUGGGUAGUGGUCUUCAAAUCUCUCAUCACAACUCAUCAUCUAAUGGUGUAUGGAAAUGAGCGUUUUAUCCAGUAUCUGGCGUCCAGAAACACAUUGUUUAAUUUGAGCAACUUCCUAGACAAAAGUGGAUUGCAAGGGUAUGACAUGUCAACAUUUAUCAGGCGGUAUAGUAGGUACCUGAAUGAAAAGGCAGUUUCCUAUAGACAGGUGGCCUUUGACUUCACAAAAGUAAAAAGAGGGGCUGAUGGAGUGAUGAGAACAAUGAGCACAGAAAAGCUCCUAAAAACCGUACCAAUUAUACAAAAUCAAAUGGAUGCACUUCUUGAUUUCAACGUCAAUAGCAAUGAACUUACAAAUGGUGUGAUUAAUGCUGCCUUCAUGCUCCUCUUCAAAGAUGCCAUUAGACUGUUUGCAGCUUAUAACGAAGGGAUCAUUAACCUGUUGGGUGAGUAUAUCUGCUUUCUGCAAUGCUGGCAUGGGCUGGGUUGG